AUGUUCGUCGUCUUUGGGAAGCCCAUUACAUCGGUUAAUUCGGCUGGUUCAUCAGACCUGGGAGAUGUGCAAAGCUCUAGUGAUUGCGCUGAAUAUGGCAGCAGAAAGGGCAUCAAUGGAGUAGAGGUAUAUAUCCACUCCGGGAAUAGGGGUGAUAAAGGGAAAAACCAGGACACACCCCAAGAAACACCCGGCCCUGCUCAGCCGGCUCAGGCUGUUACAGAAACAAAGUUGCCGCAAUCCGCUGCUAGGGGCAGUUCUGGGGAUGGAACGUCUUUAAACGCUGCUUGGGAUGGACAGCCCUAA